AUGCCGGAACCAAAGCGCAUCCUGUUCUUGACAAACAGCGAGUACGGACAGGCCAACGUGGUAUUGGCCGUGGCGCACGCUCUGCUCCAUGCAGCUGCAGACGUCGAGCUUCACAUUGCAUCGUUCAAAAUACUGGGCGAUGCGGUACGCCUCUUGUCCGACAACGCGCUCAAGACGGCGCCUGGUCCGUCCAAGGGCAUCGUGUUCCAUCCCAUCCAUGGCCAGCCGUACGCGCGGACACCGCUCACGAGGGAGACUUUUGACCUUGUGCCUAGUCUCUAUAAUACGGUGCGCGUCAUCUUGGCCUUUCCCGAGGUCAUGUCACCCUGGGAGCCGGCAGAGUUUGUGGGGCUUUGCGAGGAAGUCGAGCGCAUCAUUGACGAGGUGCGACCGGACUUGACCGUCGUCGAGCCAAUGUUUAACCCGGGAUUGACCAUUUGUCAUUAUCGCCGCAUGAAGUGGAUGGUCCUAGCUCCGAACACUAUCAAGGACUUUGCCGUCCCUGUCCAGCCAGCACUUGCGGCUCUGUGGAAAUAUCCCAUUGUCUGUUCAGCCUUGCCAUUUCCACUACCGUGGCACUUGAUUCCAUAUAACAUCGCGCUGAAUCUGGUGGCUGGAUACAUGAUCCUUACCGAUAAAAGCAUAGCCGCAGUGGUCGCCCGCCUCCGGAGUCGCUACGGGCCUGAUAUCCAGCUUAUGACGCCAAACGAGCUCGGUGUACUCAAAGCGCCGCCCGAGGGUCUGCGCCUCCUGGCGGCUAACAGCCCCGAGCUGGAUUAUCCGUUCGCCUACCUCCCCAAGCACAUUAUACCGGUCGGACCGAUCGUACGAGCAUCCAGAGCUCUCGCAGAUGUGGAUCCUGGCUUGCACGCAUGGCUGCAGCGCGGACCUGCUGUUUAUGUGAAUCUGGGGACCUACCUCACGGCCACGGCGGACGAGGCAGCCGAGCUCGCAGGUGCGUUGCACGACCUGCUUGUUGAGGCCGAUAAGUCCGGCUAUGGUGCGGAGACAACGCCGCUCCGAAUUGUUUGGAAGCUUGGGCGGAAGGAUUCGGCCACUGGGAGUGAUCGUCCUGCGCAGUUGAGCGGCGAGCAGGACUGGUCAGGUCCUUGGGCAAAAGUCGCUAAUUUGCUAAAGAGUGAGAUGGACUCGGACCGUAUUCGAAUCACCGGCUGGUUCACUGCAGAACCAAAGUCUAUUAUCGAGUCCAAAAACAUCAUCUGCUCGGUUCAUCAUGGUGGCGCCAGCUCUUUCAAUGAAGCUUUGUGUGCCGGUGUGCCCCAGGUAUUGCUAGCCCCAUGGGCAGAUUGCUACGACUUUGCCAAUAGGGCCGAACUCCUCGGCAUAGGGGUAUGGGGAAAUAAACAGGCCAGACCGAGAUGGAAGCGUGGCGAGCUGGCUUCGGCUUUGGUAAAUAUCAUUCUCGGUCCUGAUGCUGAAAAGACCAGAGACAGAGCGGCCGAAUUAGCUCGCAAGUACCCAGAAAAUGCUGGUAGAGAUAAAGCGGCGGAAGAGAUAUUAAAUAGUCUUUAA